UCAUCGGCAUUACUCGUCUUUUUCCGGCGUGUACCAGUCAUUUAGCUAGCCAAGCUGAUUAGCCAGGCUACUACAGCUAAUGUUUGUAGGAAAUUUAACGUUCGGGGAAUUAGACUGAAUGAUACAAACAGUGUAGAAAGAUGGCGGACGUAAAGGGACAAGGAGUUUGCUCCUCGGUCCCUCCGUUGCCUCGCCCUUCCUCCCGUAACGGCUCCGGUAGCGGCAGCGUUACGCCAGACACCGGCGGCAGCUGGCAGACGCCAACCACCGUUACUUCAGGCCCCAGGCUGGUGCGGAUAGUGAAGUCUGACUCGGGCUACGGCUUCAACGUUCGGGGGCAAGUAAGCGAAGGCGGGCAGCUGCGGAGCAUUAACGGGGAGCUGUACGCUCCUCUGCAGCAUGUGAGUGCUGUCCUCCCCGGGGGAGCUGCAGACAGAGCCGGUAUCUCAAAGGGGGAUAGGAUCCUGGAAGUCAAUGGUGUAAAUGUAGAGGGAGCCACACACAAGCAGGUGGUGGACCUGAUCCGGGCUGGCGAGAAGGAGCUGGUGCUGGCAGUUCUGUCCGUCCCACCGCAGGAAGCCGACUGCCUGGAUCCUGGUGACGACGUGUCGGCCCUGUCCUGUUAUGACUACUCUGACAAGCAGGCCGUCCCGAUCUCCAUUCCGAGCUACAAACACACUGAACUCAAUAGUGAAAAGUUUGUGGUAUAUAAUGUGUACAUGGCUGGUAGGCAGCUGUGCUCCAAGCGUUAUCGGGAGUUUGUGAUUUUACACCAAAACCUUAAGAGGGAAUUUGCCAACUUUACGUUCCCCAAACUUCCUGGGAAGUGGCCUUUUUCACUCUCUGAGCAGCAGCUAGAUGCACGGCGCCGAGGCCUGGAGGAAUACCUCGAAAAAGUCUGUUCAGUACGGGUAAUUGGAGAAAGCGACAUCAUGCAGGAGUUCUUGUCUGAAUCAGACGAGAACUAUAACGGUGUUUCAGACGUGGAGUUGAGAAUAGCCAUGCCAGAUAAUACUACCCUCACUGUUAGAGUUCGUAAAAACUCUACUACAGACCAGGUUUAUCAGGCCGUGGUCAUGAAGCUUGGCAUAGACAGUAUAACUGCUAGCUACUUUGCUCUGUUUGAGGUCAUCAACCAUACCUUCGUGCGUAAACUGGCCCCCAACGAGUUCCCCCACAAACUUUAUGUACAGAACUAUACCUCAGCCAUCCCAGGAACCUGCCUCACUCUGCGAAAGUGGCUCUUCACCACAGAAGAAGAGAUCUUGCUCAGUGACAACCAACUUGCUGUCAGCUACUUCUUUCACCAGGCAGCUGAUGAUGUGAAGAAAGGCUUCAUUAAAGUUGAGCAGAAGUCUUAUCAGCUCCAAAAACUGGCAGAGCAGAAGAAGAUGUCCAUGUACUUGAGUUUGUUACGGAGCUGUGAGGGCUACAAUGAGAUCGUAUUCCCUCAUUGUUCCUGUGACUCCCGACGUAAAGGCCAUGUGAUCACAGCCAUCAGUAUACAUAACUUUAAGCUACACGCCUGUACAGAAGAAGGUACUCUGGAGAGCCAGGUGAUUGCUUUCGAAUGGGGGGAGAUGCAGAGAUGGGACACAGACGAAGAGGGCAUGGCUUUCUGUUUUGAAUAUGCACGGGGAGAGAAGAAGCCGCGCUGGGUGAAGAUUUUUACUCCUUAUUUUAACUACAUGCAUGAGUGCUUCGAGAGAGUCUUCUGUGAGCUGAAGUGGAGGAAAGAGGUGGAAGAGGAGGCCACAGACAAGGACAACAAGAACUGCAGUAAAGAUGGUAUGUGUGGAAAGAAUAUUUUCCAACUGUUGAGGCACAGAAGAGAUGGGGGCACGUAGGGGGAGAACAUUGUCACCGACUCAGCUGAGUGUUUACCCUGACCCAGUCUCACUCAGCCAAGAACUUACAUGGUCAUCAUUUACACUCCAUUAACUACAACACAGGACGCUGCCCCCCACAUGUUAACCAACAACCAUCUGCUGAAAAACAUGAAAACACAAGCAUUAAAAAAAAAAAGAAACUACAUGACUCAUGAGCCAGAACUUUAUGAACAUGUGUUAAACUAAAGUUUUGGCAGACCUAAAGUGAAGAAUUCAUGCAAGGUGUUCUUCCUGGUCAGAAGUGGAUUGUAAGCAGGAUGAUUUAAACUUUUUUUUUGUUGUUUUUUGGAGCUGAAGAAAAACUAUUGAAGUGAAUAAUCGGUGCAAAAACAA